GUUCACUCAUUCAUGCUUUGACACACAUCAAAAAGCUCAUAUUUUUAAUGGAAAAUAGUCUCCUGGUUCUCUUAUCUCUCUGCUUCUUCUCUGAAAAUUUUGAAGCUUCAACUUCCUUGUUUCAGUUAUUGAUGAAAACCCAUAUCUAUUUUCCACUCUUCCAUGUAACCCAUGUUUCUGAAUCAGUUCAUGCACUUUCUGAAAUCAAUUCACACAUUCAGAAGGAAAAUCAAUCUUCCUUUUGAUUGUCUAUAUUGCCAGAAAGCUUCCUAUAAAUUUCAUACGAUCCAUUCCAGGGUUUUCUGUGAAGGGCUUUCCCAAUGGCGACCUCAUGUUUCCAUUCACUUCGUCUCCGAAAGUCGAAGGGCAAGUCGUUGCCAAAUCCGUCGUCGUCUUCGAAAUACCAGUACAAUUCAGACAUGGACAACAUGGAGAGGAAGAGAUUUGAUAGCUUGGAGUCAUGGUCUAUGAUAUUGGAGUCGGAAAAUGUGGAGACUUGGGAGGUGGCCAAGGAGGACCAGGAGGAGUGGACUGCUGAUCUUUCUCAGCUGUUCAUUGGUAACAAAUUUGCUUCAGGAGCACACAGUCGGAUUUACCGUGGGAUUUACAAGCAGAGAGCUGUUGCUGUGAAAAUGGUGAGGAUUCCAAACCAGAGGGAGGAGACCAGAACCUUACUUGAGCAGCAAUUCAAGUCUGAAGUUGCUCUACUUUCGCGGCUCUUUCAUCCCAACAUAGUGCAGUUUCUUGCAGCUUGUAAAAAGCCACCUGUGUACUGUAUCAUCACAGAGUAUAUGUCACAAGGAACAUUGAGGAUGUAUCUCAACAAGAAAGAGCCAUAUUCGCUUUCGACAGAGACGAUUCUGAGGUUAGCGCUUGACAUAUCCCGGGGAAUGGAGUAUCUUCAUUCUCAAGGUGUGAUCCAUAGAGACCUAAAGUCAAAUAACUUGCUACUCAAUGAUGAUAUGAGGGUGAAGGUGGCAGAUUUUGGCACAUCGUGCCUUGAAACACAGUGCCAGGAGACGAAAGGAAACAAGGGGACUUAUCGCUGGAUGGCGCCAGAGAUGAUCAAGGAGAAACCUUGUUCUAGGAAAGUUGAUGUUUAUAGCUUUGGGAUUGUGCUGUGGGAGCUGACAACAUCUUUGCUUCCUUUUCAAGGAAUGACUCCUGUGCAGGCUGCAUUUGCUGUGGCUGAGAAGAAUGAACGGCCUCCACUGCCGGCGAGUUGUCAACCAGCACUUGCACACCUCAUCAAGCGCUGUUGGGCACCGAACCCCUCGAAGCGACCAGAUUUUAGCGACAUUGUGUCUGCUUUGGAGAAGUAUGAUGAGUGUGUGAAGGAAGGUCUUCCUCUCACACAUCACUCGAGGCUGGUAAGUCGAAAUGCCAUCCUCGAACGCUUGAAAGGUUGUGUAUCCUUGAGCUCUUCCAUACCUGUACAUGCCUGACACCAUUACUUAGAAGGUAUUUUGGUUACUGUUGUUACUUUCCAUGAUAAAGGAUUAGCCCCUCUAUAAUUUGUACAUGAAGUUCUUUUAACUACCUAAUGUAACACUACGAUGAUUAUAAACUUUGUUGUACUUAGUUUCCAUCAACUGAUCCUAAUUGUUUGGUUCUG